AUCCAUAAAAGCGUGAUGACUAACGUCAGGAUUUUCCUUCACUGCCUUUCCUUCGACAAAGCGACAAAUUGCUGGAUGAAUCUUUGCAAUUGAAAGGGAACGACGCAAACUAGAUCGCCGAACAUUCGUGAAGGCAUCAACCAUGUCGACGCCAGCGGAACCUUAUCUCGAGGUUCACCCUGUCGCCUUGGCGCUUUCGAUCGUGUUGGCGGUACAAGGCGUUGCCAAAGGCAGUCUGGCCUUGUCGGGUGGAUUCGCUGCUGCCUUGAUGGGUUAUGCGCAUCUAGCCAACCCAAAUCCCACGUUUGGCUAUCUUUUGCUAGCGUUUUACAUUGUCGGCUCACGGGCAACCAAAGUCAAGGCGGGCGUCAAAGCGAAGCUCGAACGUGAACAGCAUCAAGGAAAGGCGAGCAGUAGCAAAGGGCAUGGUCACAAAGCAAGUACGGGAGGGCAACGAGAUGCUUUGCAGGUCCUCUGCAAUGCACUACCAGCUGCUGUGGCAGCGGCCACAUAUCGUCUGCUGUUUUCGACAGAGCGAGGGCUACAAGGCAACGUGGUUCGAAAUGCAUUUGGGAAGCAUUGGAGCAAGGCGUUUCUAGGCGACGUUGUCGUUCUACCUUGCUCAUCCCUCAGCAGCUCCGCAUUGGCGAAUGCAACACCAUCCCCUAAUCUCGUCGUGGCAGCGCGAAUGUGUCUGCUGUUCGCAUUGGGCCAUUAUGCGUGUUGCAUGGGUGAUGUACUGGCCUCGGAGCUAGGCAUUCUCUCACGCAGCCCGCCACGGCUCAUCACCAAUCUUGCGCGCAUCGUACCGCCGGGGACCAACGGCGGAGUAAGCUUAAUUGGGACGGGAUGGAGCGCAGCGGGCGGACUGUUCAUCGGCCUGGUCACUUUUGCAGCAGACGUGCUGCUCCACUGUAGAGCAUCCGACAGACCUGUGUUCAUUAGGGGGCUCGAGUUGGCACUGCUCGGGAGCCUCGCCGGCUUCACAGGAAGCAUGAUCGAUUCUGUCCUGGGAGCAACCCUCCAGCGAACUUGGUACAGCCGCGAAACCAAACAGGUUUUGAUUGGUGGGCCUGCUGAUCCAAAAAGACUUUCGCCUUACGGAAAGGAUGAAGAGGACUGGAUUGUCAUGACGGGCGCCAACGUCUUGAGCAACAACGCAGUCAAUAUUGUCUCUGCCGUGGCAACCGCUACUUUGACGGCAUUCGCCGGGUGGCUGCUUCUUUGAGCCCUGACUCCUACAAGUGAGGCAAAUUCUCACGCUCGGAACUAUACAAUAGAUUUGUAGAUCGUCCGCCUGAUAUAGACAUGUGCUACGCC